GCAAAUCCAUCUUUUAUUUUCUUUCCUGAAGAAGAGCCCUAAAUGUCCAGUUAAGGAUCCAACUAUGAGCUUACAUGGCAUCAAACGAAUGCUAAACAUUAACCCGGCCAGUGCGCUUGCCUACUUUACCAACGUGAACUCGGACAGGCGCUUAGGCUUUCGUGUAUAUGAUGAUAUGUUGGAAGAAAAGUACAAGUAUCGAAGGCCUGAAUUUCUCCAACUGAACGAAGAAUCUGAACAAGCGGCAUCCGAUCAUGAUUCAAGAGCGAUUCUUAUGCCACACAGGGAACUUCCCUUGAAUGCAGGAUAUGCCGAGGCAAUAAAUGCUGGUAAAACACCACAUAAAAAUGAAGAUCAAUCGGUGGCUGGAAUGUUCUGCUUAAAUGUCAGCAAGUUGACCCAGGAAUCAGAUGGUGAUGGAAGUCCAACCCAUGUUACACAGACCAAGAUCCCUUACGCAUAUUUUGGUGUAUUUGACGGCCAUGCUGGAUGUGGAGCAGCUCUGAUGGCUGUCAAUAACCUUCAUGUCCAUAUAAUGGAGAAGUUGCAUGGAGUAAAAGAAUUGUUGGCCUAUGAAAAUGAUGAAAAACUUGCUGCAGCAGAGGAAUUAUCUGAAGCUGUUAUCUCUUCAGUGACAAUUGAUAGUCUUGUGAUUGGAGUCUUAGAAGAGGCCUUCUUUGAAAUGGAUGAACAAAUUCGAAGAGAGAAAGUCACCUACAGGAUUGAUGGAGGCUGCGCAUCAAUUGUUGCCCUGUUUCUUGGAGAGAAGUUAUAUGUCGCUAAUGCAGGGGACUGCAGAGCAAUCCUAGUCCACAAGGGAAAAGUUAUUCCUCUUUCAUACGACUUCACACCAGAGACAGAGAGACAAAGACUUCAGUUACUUGCUUAUCAGAAACCUCAGCUUUUAGGAAGUGACUUUGGCCGGCUUGAAUUUCAGCAGAGGGCCAGGAAAAAACAUAUUGGUCAGAAGUUGCUUUAUAGGGACCGACAUAUGACAGGAUGGGCUCUUAAGACGGUGACCGAGGAGGACACAAGAAAAUUUCCAAUGAUUAAUGGUGAAGGAAAGAAGGCCCGCCUUUUGGACACCAUAGGAACAACUCGUGGGUUUGGAGAUCAUGAUUUGAGAGUGGCUUUCUGUAGCCUUCCUAUUAAACCUUUUCUCACUCCACAACCAGAGGUUCGGAAGUUUGACUUGUCUAGCUGUAAGCUCACAGAGGAUGAUGUUGUGAUAAUGGCUUCCGACGGACUCUGGGAGAGAUUAUCCAGUGAAAAGGCUGCGGCAAUGGUAAUGGAUACGUUUUCCAAAAUUCCAAGAGACGACAAAAGAAGGUACGUCAUGGCAGCCCAGGCCCUUGUUGGGGAUGCGCGAGGCACUCUGAAUGAAAAAGGUUGGAGAAGAACCAAUGGCGAGUUAGCCUCAUACGAUGAUAUAUCGACGUUUGUGAUUCCCCUUAGUGAGUGCAGCAACGAAAUGGCUAAAUUCACAGUAGAGUACGAUACACCGACUGGGAAACCAACGCACUCAAUUGACAAUGAAGACGAUUAAAGCACUUUCCAGACUGUUUAAUAGAAACUAGAACGGUUUUUCCGCAUGGAUGAUUUCACCUUGUCGGUGAAAAGUUAAGGCGGAUUAAGUAAUAACACCAAUUAUAUUGGUCACUUAACCGAGGUGGACUGAUGACAACGUGGUUCACUCUGCCCGUGUGUGAGCGCGGUAUAAGUUAGUAAAACUUGCCUGUUUACGAUUAAAUCAUUAGGGGCGCUAUUGAAGUAAUAGGUAGUGCAAAUAAUUAAUUAGGUAGCAUAAUGUUUAACACAUUUAAGUAAGAUAUACGCAAAAUACCGUCGUAUCCAUGGGGAAUUAGUACCAUUUUUGGAAAAAAUAUUACAGGAACAUUUAUUUUUCGUUAGUAGUGUCUGGAAGAGCGAAUUUAGCAGUUAACUGGUAAAUGUUUCCAGGUUAGAUGUUGUUUUGGGGGUUUUAACCACCAGGACGUAUCGAUAAAUUAUUAGUUGUGCCACUUAAGCCUCAUUUAUGUCAGUUUAGGUACCCGGGACAACCCAUCCUUAAGUAAAAGAUUUUUAACGACAGUUACUAUUGAAAUGGACCCUUCUUGAAAAUGUCCGCAGAAAAUGAAAAUCAUCAAAUACAUACAAACGUAUACAAAUAUACUUACCUUCAGCUACAUGACCACCUUUUAUUUGGUCAUUUUGCUUCUGAAGUCUCAUCCAGCUGUUAUUUCAGCUGGCGAAAUAUUGUUAAUUUUAAGAGAACGAAGGACAUUUUGAUUGGCUCGGAGUUCAUGCCUCACCCAGGGUCAUAUACAAGCGUAUGCAAGUAUAAAAUAUUUCAGAUCCUCAUUUCUAUGAAGAUAUGGGUAGUGUUAGUGCGAGGUUUGGACAUUACACUUUGGAGCUGUGGGGAAUAUUCACCAUUAUGAUACAUUUAAGAUUCAAUUUCGGCUGAACGCCAUUUUCGAGAAGGGUUUAUUGAACGGCUGCCCCGUUCUUCAUCGGGAAGACCGGGUUACAAAAUCAAUCUCUGAGUUCGUUUGUACUGGCUGACUGUUGGAGGUAAUCAGGGUUAACCACGUUCUAAAUCGAGACCAGCGGACACCUGAAUCGCCUUUCGGAGUACCUCCACCUCCAGCCCCCUAGCUCUUAAUCAGGGGAGACAUACGCAACGCGGACUGUGCCGUCAGGCGGAAAAUCGCGGGAUGUCGGUGGAAGCGUCGCCCUCCCGCUAUUUCGCUUUUAUCCACCUACAGUGACCGCGAAACAGGUUACCCAGUCUCUUUUUUGUUAUGUUUCUCAUUAUUGAUGUGGAAUAAGGUGGCUCGUGGAGGGUACUUUGUAAAGGGGGAUUGUCUUAGCUGCUGAAGGGCAGACAAGUGGGACCUCAGAGGCCUACGGUCACGAAUGACAACAUUUUACUCGCGCAUUUAAAUUUACUUUGACCAACGGUGUUUGUGGUCAAUGUAUCGAGGAUAAUCAAAAUUGUCAGGUAGUUAGGUUGUUAUAAAGAUAAUGGGAUCACUAUCGAUUUACAGCUAGUUUAAGGUAAUAACGUUGGGGUAAUUUCAAAAGAUUCAGUUUACAAAGAAUAUUUCGGAGGUCUUCCACACCUGACCUGAAUUCCUUUUGCAAGUAGGUGUUCUUCUGUAAUUUUGUAUAGGAUUUGUGGCCAAGUAUAAAUGAGGCGUCUUUAGAAAAAUUCAGGUUGGGAAAUUGGGGUUUGUACUAUCCUUUCGGAAUCCUUUAACAACAUUUACACCGAAAUCAAUCAUUCAACAGUUUCUACCCGCACGUGUCUAAGUUCAACUUUAAAACAUUAUGUAAUACCACGAUUGUACGCAACUCGUGUUUAGGACUCUUAAUAGAGUCAUCAUUAGUGAGCUUUACGCCAACGCGUACUUAAUUUAAAAUUGUCGUGUACGCGUUAAUUAUUUGAUUCUUCUGCAACGAAAUAAACGAACACAAGUAAGUUGU